GGCGGCACAUCACGGUGCGGCGGCAGCGGCGGCCGCGAUGGCGAUACCGAACGCUGCUGGCCAGCUCGAGGGUGCCCUGGCGGCGCCCAAGUACGGCACGCUCAUUCCGAACCGGGUCUUCGUUGGCGGUAUCAGUGGUGACACGACGGAAGCGGAACUGUGCCGGUUAUUCUCGUCGUACGGUAACGUCAAGUCCACGAAAAUCAUCGUCGACCGGGCGGGCGUCAGCAAAGGCUACGGCUUCGUGACGUUCGAAACGGAACACGAAGCGCAAAGACUGCAGAGCGAUGUAAGUAUGAAGGGAGACUGCAUCGUGCUGAGGGAUCGCAAGCUGAACAUUGCCCCAGCGAUCAAGAAACAAACAAUCUGUGCAACGAACGGUGCCGUGUACUACGCAGCCACGCCCCCCACGCCGACCAUCAACAACAUCCCAAUCGAGCAGUUUGCGACAGUCUAUCCGCCAGGUGUGCCAACAAUCUAUCCGCCAACGAUGCCGUAUCAGCCGUUCUACCAGUACUACAGUGUGCCAAUGAAUGUUCCAACCCUUUGGCCCCAGAACUAUCAAGGUAUGUAAAUCUGGCCUUAGAAAAAAAAAAAAACAAUCGCCAUGCCAGAUUUGUAUGUUUCGGAAGUUCGUGGACGACCUUGCAGAGCGAGAGAGAGAGGAAGUGAGCGCGCGCGCCUGUACAGCAAAACAUCCCGAGAGACCCCCCCUCCGCGUUAGGUGGAUAGAUAUUAAAAUUAGAAAACUAAUCGAGCAGAAGCAACCCAGCAGCAGCAGCAGCAGCAGAGAUCGUGAAGCGACUGAAGAAACGGCCAAACUCAACGAAUCAGCACGGCAGCAGUUAUUAGUUUUGUUGUCUCUCUUCGCUUACAUUUUAUUUCAUUUAAAAUUAGCAGUUUCAUGUCGCGCCCGCUAGAAGCGGUUAGAGUAAUUUCGAUGUAGGAUAUUAGGUAGAACGGGAUUCUUUGCGUUGAGGUGUGUUCUUCCUUGGUUGCGGCACUCUGCCCCACCCCUCCCAAGACGACUUGCCUUAUUCUCCCCCAAAACGAUAAUGUACACACAAUUCUAAUCUUCUGUUUCAACACGACGAUCAAUCAAGACAACAAGACUAGCCUUUGCGCAACCAACCAACCAAUCCGCUCGCUCAGUUUAAUUGUGCUCGCUGUUUUAGUUAAUUUAAAUGCAAAUGUCGGCAUUAUGGGGAUUAAGUUCGCCCAAACUACGUAGCAAACUCCUUCGCGAAAAGAGUUUGAGGAUGCGAAAUCAUUUCGGGAGCUGCAUAAUUCAUGAACGUCUAGUACAGUUCUGGCACAGCAGCAGCGUCACAGAACUAAAAAAAGGAUACAGUCUGGUACUGUUUGGAGUGUGGUUGAAGGUGAUUGAAAAAUUAACUGGACAUUAAUAAAAUAUCUAGACAACGAAA